AUGUCUGCUGACUUGCUUGCUGAGUUUGGGACAAAUACAAGCCAUGCUGGCUCCGCAGUGAAUACACAAGGGCUUUCACAAACACAAUCAAAUGAUUCAUUCUUCGACGAUGAUUUCGAUUCUUUUGUGUCGCCGGAACCUACAGACGCUGAUCCACUAGGAUAUCAAGGCUAUACAACAACUGUUGAUAAACUUCAUACUGGAGCUCCACAUGUCCCGGAUACAGCUACAUUGCCUCCAGUCUCUGAAGGCGCCGAGGUGUUAUUCGAUGCUUCUGAAGAUGUGAAAUUAGACGGGGAUGAAGACGAUUGGGGUAUAUUCGAGACGGCCAAUACCGCUCCGAGCGGCCAACUACUUGACAUCGAAGAUGACAACCAGCCACCGUCUACGGCAAAUUACAGACCAGAUUCAAUAGUAUCCAAUGCUUCGACGUCUAUUGAUCUUCUUUCGCUUGAAGACAAGCCACAUUCACCUCAAAGCAUUGCCUCGCAAAUAACUCCUAGCUCAAGACAUCUCCAAACAUUAAAAUCACCCGCGUUCAUUAAGAAGCCCCCGAAAAAGAGCAAAAGUUCGCCUAAGCCUUCUGAGGAUGACUUUUUUGGCGAAUGGGAUGAUUUUGAGGACGGGUUUGCAGAAAAGCCUCAAGUGAAAACUACUGUUUCGGCGCAUAGGAAUGGGGUGAGAACCAAUGAAACCACAUCUUAUACUAAAACAGGGCAAACAACACAGUUGCAAUCCACCGUUCGCCCGACCAAUAUCCCCCCACCCUCUGUCUUGCUCUCAGUCUUCCCCUCUCUUUUAGAGGAAUUCCGCGGACAGCUUGAUGGUUCGAAACAGGGAACUGCGACCUCCAAAUCCGAAUUUGCCACCAAUCUGGUUCAAACGCUUAGAGCAGCUUCCCGGAUCAUUGCAGGUCGCACUCUACGGUGGAAAAGGGAUGCAAUAUUGAGCCAAAGCAUGAAGAUUGGUCCAGCGCAGUCUGGAAAAAGUAGUGGAAUGAAACUGGGCUCCGUUAGCAAAGGUGAAUCCAUCAAAGAGGAACAAGAAGCUGUUGGCGUCCUUGAAGUUUGGCGCCAUCAUGGAUCUGCAUUCAAUUCGAUCAUACAAUCGGCAGGUGAACGGCCUGUUCCCGUUAUAAUAGACAAGAUUCGCAUCAUUACAGCGAGUACAGCGCAAGGUGCGCUCAAAGCUUCCCAUGCUUGUGCUUUGUGUGGUUUGAAGAGGGAUGAGAGGUUACCCAAACUAGAUGAUGAUGCACAAGACAGCUUUGGAGACUGGUGGAUUGAACACUGGGGCCAUACGGAUUGCAAAUGGUUCUGGGAAGAGAAUUCAAGUAAACUUCAUCAACGUUGA